AUGGCCAGAUACAUCGCUGCCCACCAGAAUCCUCAGGGCCCCGGAGACGCGCGACCAACCGCCUUGCAAAUCAUCGAGGAUGAAGGACUUACUGGCGACGGGCUAUCAGGAAAAACCGCACUUGUGACAGGAGCGAACAGAGGCAUCGGGCUUGAAACAGCGCGAGCUCUACAUGCAGCUGGCGCAACUGUCUACCUGGGUGUCAGAGACCUCGUGAGCGGUCGGGAGGCGAUUGAAGACAUCGCCGGAGCUUCAACUCCAGACAGUGGAGCAUGGCUUCAACUGCUUGAGAUGUCUCUUGACUCCCUCGCCUCUGUGUGCAACGCCGCUCAAACCUUCCUCGCAAAGACCAACAAUAAGAUCAACUUACUUAUCCUCAACGCAGGAGUCAUGGCGUGCCCUAAAAGCAGCACUAUUGACGGGUUCGAAACUCAUCUCGCGACGAAUCACCUGGGGCAUUUUCUUCUCUUUCGACUACUGCAACCAGCGCUACUGGCAUCUUCAUCCCCUUUCUUUAACUCUCGCGUCGACUCCGUCACCUCGUCUCUCCAUCGACUCGGCCCGAUCGACUUCAACGACUUCAACUACGACCAUCAACCAUAUCAUCCGCUGAGAGCCUACGCCAGGUCUAAGACGGCCAACAUCUACUUGGCUAACGAGAUUGAGCGUCGAUUUGGGGAUAGGGGGCUUCAUGCACUUUCCGUACAUCCAGGCAGCGUGUUGACCAUGAUUUCCAGGCACAUGGAGGGUGACCCGCUGAAGAUGCCUGAGGGAGACUGGGAGGAUAUUCGGCAUUUAAAGAACGCGGCUCAAGGAGCGGCAACGAGUGUUUUGGCUGCGAUUGGCGGUUGA